ACACUCGCUCUUCCGUACUCCUCGUUUUAUAAAAACCCUAAACCGCCUGAUAUUUAUCUCUUACAACGAAAAACCCCAAACGCCUCACUCUUAAGAAAAAAACAGUUAUGGCAAGCAAAGAACCCGAACACGAGCACAGAGAAGAUCAAGAAGCUCCUGCCGCCGAGGAUGAAGACACUGGAGCUCAAGUCGCCCCUAUUGUCAAGUUAGAGGAAGUCGCUGUCAGUACAGGCGAGGAAAACGAAGAUCCGAUCCUUGAUCUGAAGUCGAAGCUGUAUCGAUUUGAUAAAGAAGGGAAUCAAUGGAAAGAGAGAGGUGCUGGUACUGUGAAGCUGUUGAAGCACAAAGAGACUGGAAAAGUUCGCCUUGUUAUGAGGCAAUCUAAGACUCUCAAGAUCUGCGCCAAUCAUCUAGUGUUGCCGACAAUGACGGUGCAAGAGCACGCUGGGAAUGAUAAAUCUUGCUUAUGGCACGCCUCUGAUUAUGCAGAUGGUGAAUUGAAAGAUGAACUUUUCUGCAUUCGUUUUGCAUCAGUGGAAAAUUGCAAAACCUUUAUGCAAAUGUUCCAAGAAGUUGCUGAAUCACAAAAACCAAAAGAGGAAAACAAGGAUGCAUCUGAUGCUGCUGGACAACUUGAGAAGUUGAGCUUUCAAGAGAAAGCUGGAGAGGAGAAGGCUGUUGCUAAGCAGGAAGAGAAGGAAACAAAAGUGGAUACAGAAAAAGCAGAUACAGAGAAGAAAGAUGGGGAGCCAGCUUCCUCCACUUGAAAAGAGUUUGGCUCUGUUCUUCAUGCCAUUGGCUUUUGGCGAAUAUGGUGAGAUUAGUCAGCUGAUCAACCUCCUCACCCAUGUCUAGGAUAUUUCUACGGGUGAAAUUAGAUGGGUAGUCUAUGGGUUGGAAUGGUCGAGGUCGUUUGUGCCCUUAGGUUUGGGUGUUUGUCAAGGGUUGGUCUACCCCGAGUCAUGUCAGUUAUGUUUGCAUGGUUAGAGUUGCGUUUGGGAUUUGAGUAGUGUCAGACAUGGUUCAUUUGAUUGCGUUUUUCCUGGCAGUAACCACUGUGUUGAAGUUAUCUUGCUGCUCAGCCCAUGCAUUGAAAGAGUUCUUGUUAUAGACAAGCUUUUUUUUUUUUUUUACUUGGGGUUUAAAUUUUUUUGUAUUUGGUAUCUUUAUGUUUCAAGGGAAGAAGGUUUGGGUGAAAAGGAAGUUGGUUUUGCCAGAUUUGGCUAUAUAAUUCAGAUAUGCUAGUUUUAA